AUGCUGGCAAAACUGCUUUCUCAUCCUCCUCCACCACAACAUCAACAUCAAAUCCAACAAGUAACGGGCACCUCAUCCAGUUCAGGCCCAGCUCAACAAUCGUUUACCACAACAUAUAAUAGUAAUACUGGUUAUUCUUCUGGUACUAAACAGGCCGCCUAUAGUGCUCCAGCUGUUCAAAAAACUUUUACUUCCCAAACCUACUCUGCUCCGGUGGUUCAAAAGACAUUUACAGCUCCAGUUGUAAAACAAACUGUGCAAAAGACCUAUAGUGCCCCAGUGGUUCAACAGACGUUCAGUUCACAAAAAUCGUACACAGCACCCAGCGUACAACAGACCAUUUCUGGACCUGGUAAAUCUUAUAAUAGUUAUCAGUCGUAUACUUCAUCGACGGGAAAUCAAAAAACCUAUACAGCUCCAGCGGCACAAACUGUAACUUAUUCGAGUAAAUCUGCUCAACAGGCUUACACUGCCCCUGCAGCACCCAUCAUCCAACAAACCAUAUCCGCUCCAGGUAAAUCAUAUAACAGCUAUCAAGCCUAUACCGCUCCAAAGUCUUAUAGCACUUCUAGUGUUCAAAAAUCCGUUACUAAUGUUGACAAAAACUAUUUAGCUCCACUUGUCCAACAGCAGACCUAUAAAUCAACAACCACAUCGCAGAGUUAUACUGCCCCAACUGUACAGAAAACUAUAGCUGGACCUGGUCAAUCAUAUAAUAGCUAUCAAUCGUAUACAGCUCCUGCUGCACAGAAGACUACGUACACUAGCUCUCAGCAAACAUCGGGUGGUGCCUCUAAGACUUUCCAAUCAUAUACGGCACCGGUAAUACAACAAAAGACCACCACCUAUACAUCAGGUAGCAGCUCACAACAGACCAUUGCUGGACCUGGUAAAUCCUAUAACAGCUAUCAAUCCUAUACUGCUCCAUCUUACAACAGUUAUCAAUCGUACACUGCUCCGGCACCACAAAAGGUAACCUAUACAGCACCA